AUGGCGGCUCACGCAGACACCAUUGAAGUUCCCACGGACGCUGAGCUGCUGCAGGCACAGGCAGACCUGUGGCGUCACAGCCUCUAUUACCUCACCUCAAUGGCGCUCCGGUGUGUCGUCGACCUUGAGAUCCCGACGGCCAUCCACCGCCUUGGUGGGGUCGCCUCGCUGCCCGACCUGAUGACCGCACUGUCCCUUCCCUCGGUUAAGAUGCCAUUUCUUGGCCGGGUCAUGCGCGUGCUCGUCAACUCGGGCGUCUUCGCAGCCGACAACGAGUCCGAGCCCGGCAUGGAGCUCUACCGCCUCACCCCGCUGUCCCGCGUUCUGGUGCACGGCGUCGUGGCGGAUGAGCACCAUAGCCAAAAGUAUUUCGUGCUUGGUGUCACCUCACCGCACUACACGGAGGCGGCGCUGGGGCUGGCAGACUGGUUCAAGAAGGACACCGAGCCACCGGUGCCGUCACCUUUCGAGGAGAAGUUCGGCGUGCCACUCUUGGAUGAGAAAACUGCCCUCCUUGACGAAGAGCUCGACGACGUUGUCAACCAAGGCGUAGCUGCCCAUGACAACCUGGGGAUUGCCACCAUACUCCGUGAGUGCGGUGACAUCUUCAAGGGGCUUGAGUCCCUCACUGACUGCUGCGGUGGCGAUGGUACGACGGCGAGGGCCCUCGUCAAGGCUUACCCUCACAUUAAGUGCACUGUUCUAGACCUUCCGAAGGUGAUUGACAAAGCCCCAGCCGAUGGUGUCAUCAACUAUGUUGCGGGUGACCUGUUCCACACCGUCCCACCAUCUCAAGCCGUGAUGCUCAAGCUUGUGCUACACUUUUGGAGCGAUGAGGACUGUGUGAAAAUCCUAGCCCAGUGCAGAAAGGCUAUUCCUCCACGUGAGGAGGGAGGAAAGGUGAUAAUCAUAGAGAUUGUGGUUGGACCUUCCUUAGGGCCAGUAAUGUUUGAAGCCCAACUUUUGAUGGAUAUGCUCAUGAUGGUAAACACGAGGGGUGGCCAACGUGAUGAAAAACACUGGUCCGAGCUAUUCAAGAAAGCCGGAUUCACGGACUACAAAAUUGUGAAGAAAUUGGGAGCUCGAUCCGUCAUCGAGGUCUACCCAUAA